AGAUAACUAUAAUUACAACUAGUGGGUCCUGCCUCUCGUUCGAACUGGGACCAUAUUACGUCGCGUGACUAAGUCAUCCUUUCUUCGUUGCUCGUACCUUCUUCCUCUCGUUCGUCUCUUACAUACUUCGCAAAAUUUUCAUCGGUCAUCGGUCAAAUUAUCGGGAGAUUCUUCGUUUUCUCUUUCUCGCUACGAAUCGCGUCCCAAACAUCGUUACUUUUCAUUAACAUAACAUUGAUAAUAAUUAGUCGAUUACGUUAUUCUUUUAUUUUUUUAAAUACGUAAUUGUACAUAGUAUAGUACUGAUGGAACACGAUCCUAAUAUGUCCUUACAUAUCGCGUGCUUAAUUUUUACGAAUAAAAAGGAAUAAAAGUGAAAUCUGGAUGAGCCUGUUCGAGACAACAGCGUGGUUCGAGAAACAGCUCCCCAAACUGCAACGUUAUAUGAUGCGACGGACGACAGGUUACCGUGAAUCAUCACGAUACUGUUGCUGCAAAGUGUCUGAUUACGACAAGGUUCAUUCAUAUCGAUACCUUUCGUUGUUACGCAAAGUCUAUGAGUAGUAUGGCUCGAAGUUACGCGUCAUGGCUUUACUCGACGAAUAAUACGUCAGUUCGAUGAAUUUUCUGUACGAAAAGCGAGAGUCGAAAUCGAUUGCCUAAAUUGGAAUACAUGUGACGACAGCAUCGGUUAACGAUGACUCGGAGAAUUAACUCGAUGGUAUUUGAUGUAGCGGUACAUAAGAUCUUUGUGAUAAUAGAGUUAAAACUAUGUAUAUCUAAGUUCGGAAAUUUGGAAAUCCGUCGAUAAAAUAUGAAUGAGCGUAUCAUUAUUUUUUCUAGGCAAAUUGCGAAUAAAUUGUUACUUGCGACGAGUUCGAUAAUACACUUCGAACAAAAUCAUGAGUGACGGUUAAAUUGUUGAUUUUACAGUGAUUGGAUCGCGUGAGAUUUAGCACGUAUGCGAAGCAACAGGCCGAUUGAUACUUGUCCAACUAUUAUUUCGUUCUAUCCACGUGUUCAUAACGGAUUGAAAUCGCGAUGUUGUUGGAAUAAUGGAACGGUAGGUUCUAUUUAUAGAAGUGUGAAUAAGCGAUUUGUGGUAAUUCACAUGGAAGUAAUAGUGUCGCUUCUUUGCCGUACGAAAUUGGAAUUACAAAUGCGUGUAACCGGUAAAUCAGAUCGUCGCGUUAGGGAGAUCCCAGUUACGUCAAAUGAAUUGCUGGUUCUAAAAGGUAAUCGUGUCGUCUGUAAGUGUUAUAAUAAAAAUGAUACUACCGUGAUAUACAUAAAACGUUGAAUAUAUUUAAGAAAGAAUUCGAAUUCUUACAAAUUUUUUAUGUAAAUAUUCGUUUUCAAGCAAAUGUAUCAUGUAAGAUUUAAUGAUUUGAUGAAUUUUAUAUCGUUAUGACAACGCAUACACAUGUAUUUGUCUUAAUUCUUUAUGGUGCUAUUAACGAUGUAGAAAUCAUUCGAGUGAAAUUUUCUAAAGAAAGAAGUUUCUGACGCACGCAUUUUGACUUUCUAUCAAGGUGGAAGUAUGGAUACGCGUAUAAAAUAUCAUUCAAUACACGAAUGACCAGUAACGAAAACUCGAAGCAAAACUGGUUAGUUGAUGAUUCACGUCAAUCGGUAAUAUUUUUCUUUUUUCUUUUUCAAAAUAAAAUAUUUCGUUUCCGCUUCGAUAAUUAAUUAAGUUUUUCUUUUAACAGUUUCAUAAAAACUUUAACUUAUUUUAUCUAUUAUGCACGUAACGUCUUACAUUAUGAGCAUAUUGUUUUUACUCUCAUUUUUUAUUCCUCUUCCGUUAUUCUUUCUCAAUUUCAAUAUCGCCGUUAUAAUAUAUCACCAUCCCUUCGAGAACAAUUAAAAAUGGAAUUAAAGUGGUAAUAGGUCUUAGUACGCGUGUCGUCUAAUGAAUUUAUGUAAUUAAUAUUUGCGAGUGUCAAAAGGAAGUGUCGUUUAGAAACAAAUAAGGAAAGAGUUCAUUUUUCUUGGGGCUGCGAAAGUUCCACGAAAGAAAUAUACAUAAAGGAAAUGCGAGGAAAUCCGACAAAUAACGUUUCAUAAAUAAAAUGUGCAUUUUUGUCGUGGGUAAUCCCAAAUCGUGUUGCUCGUCGAGGCCUCCGUUUGAAAUUAAACGAAACGCAUUAUUAGCCAACUCGAACGAAUUGACAAAUAUGUCAUUUUUUUUCUCGACGACUAAAAUUUCGAAUGUCCUGUGCCUUACCGUAACUAGAUAAAAUACAAGAUAUUUAUUCUUCGUUUGAUAGAGGAUAUUAUCGAACAAUUUCGAAAUUCUUCUCGUUACGUACGAACAAGAUUGUUUUAUUACGCGAAGAAAUAUAGUCGCGCGGAUAAAAAUAAUUAUUACAGAGUUAAAUAACAUUAAGAACGCGAUAAAACUGAAUACCGUGACGCAUCGUAGACAAAAAUUUUAUUCGAUGCUAUUUGACGUUAAAUUAAUGAAACUUUGUCAGGAUCUAAUCCGGCUCUGACUCGAACCUGACCAAUACAUUCCGUUCUUGUAGCUUUCGUUUGGCCAGCAGCCAAGUUCCGAUAGCGUAUUGCUUUUCUGAAUUGGCAACUAAGAACGAUACCAAUCGAUUUAUUUGAUGUUUACGAAAACUUUUUACAUAGAAAAUAUCAGUUAAUAGAAUUUUAUGUUAUCUCCGGCGGAGACGAGCGAUCCUUUCCAUUCUUGCUUCGCUACGUAUACGAAUACUCUGUCUUUGGCACAGUGCAAAUAGGUAAUCAUCGGUCGAAAAAGAGCGUGUAUAAUAUCUUGCAUAUACUUAUGUAACAUGACGGAAUUUAACAUAAGAUAAAAAUUGAAUCCUGUUGUCUACGACCUGGCUACACCCACGAUAGUACAUACCCGUUGAUGUCCAUGGAUAGCUAGACAAUAGGAAAGAAACCGUCGCGGAAGAAUAACUUUGGAUGUUUAUUUUGUUUUAUUUUUCCAGCGAUACCCGAUCGUAAACCGUUCGUGAAAAACUCCUCGGCACCGAAGAAGAAAGUUAAUGUUCCAUGAGACACUUCUGCUUUUAGACUUUUCUACUACUCGGAAGAUGGUUCAUUUUGCAGGGAAGAUUAGGUGCAGCGAAGCAAAAUCGAUUUUCUUUCAGGCAUUCAUUGAACCCGAGUCCUGAUGAAUCACGGAAGAAAUGAGUCAAUUGUAAUUUCCAAGGAAACGAGAAUGCAACGAUAACGUUGUCGAUUCAGGACCAUACUCUGGGAAACUUCAAUGAAUCGAAAGCUUGUUUCCGCAAUUAAAACGAUAUUACAUAUUUAUAAGUUAUUUAUCACCGAUGCUUUGUCCAGUUAAGAGAAAAUAUAGUAAACGUUUAAUUCACUGAUAAGACGAUUAAGUACGUAUAUGUAUAUUACGUAGUUUGCCGCUUUCGUGAUUACGAUGACAUACCGAGUGUAUGAAAAAUAGAUUAAAAAGUAAAGAAAGUCGAAGUUCGACUUUGAUAGAAAGCCGUUUCUCGUUUUAUCGAAAGGUUAGUCGAUCUCAAUGACUAAAACGUGUCGAACAGUCGAGUUGCUCGUAAGACUACAGUAUGGAAAUUCGAAACGAGUUUAUUAAUCGUGAUUUGUUAUUGUUCGUUCAGUUAAGAAUAGUAACUGUGUUGUCGCGUUAAGAGAUACGUUCGUGUCAAAGUACGAAUCACGAGAGAGGGUGGAACACCGCUUAAGGUAUUGGCCCCGUGCAACACAGGAUAUAUCUAAAACGAUCGAAGGAUCGCGUAAUUAAGCGUUACCGCGAAUUCGAAUCAUUAUACGUACGCAUGAAUCUCUAUCGAUGCGCGUAUACCUUGCGUGUCAAGCAUGUGUGCAAGCUCCUGCACGUAUAAAUACACUUCUGGCAGCAGGAAAGUCUCAGUUGGAUGCCUCUUGAUACGAGUGCGUGUCAGUGAUUCGUAUAGAAGAAAGGUGACGAAUCGGCCACAACGUGUUCGUGGCCGCAGAAACCUAAUUCAUGAGGGUGAAUCUCCGACAAACUAAACUAAUCUCCGAUCAAGAAGAAGCUGCGCCAGUGAUAAGAUUUGCUGGACCACGAUCAUAGAAACGAGGCAUGAAAAGUGGAUCGUUAAAGUCGUCCUUGUUAAAGUUGAUGAUACUUGUCCCGCUGACUCUGGACAACAUAGUCCAAUCAGCGGUGAACGGUGAAAAUCAUCAUCGAAGUGGCAGAAAAAUGAACUUGACCCAUGCGGUGAAAAUGUCACAAAAGUUUGUCUGCAAAGAACCACAAUCUCGAGCAUACAACUUGAGGGACCUGAUGCGGGAUGUUCAGCAAAAUUCUGGAGAGAGCCCAGUAAAACCUGUCUACGUUGUUUUGAAACGUUGCGACGGACACUCGGGAUGCUGUACGAGUCCUGACAUGAGCUGUUCACCGGAACCAUCGGCAAUCUAUUACGACGAGAUCGAAAUCGAGGUGUCAAGUUUGGUACACAGAAAGACUAUUCCACGAUGGAUCAGGGUGGAACAACACGGUAGAUGCUUCUGCGAUGUCACCACGAUCAAUGAUCGAUAUCAACAAGAACUGCAGUGGCCUAACGUAACUCUUGUUUGACGGCAACUUAUUUAAUCCAUCGUAUAAACUAUAAUGUACAGCAGAAAUUCCGAGAUACGGUGCAUCCGGUGUUUGUUGUUUCUACCUGUAGAAACAAGUAUAUUAUAGAGAAGAAUUACAGUAUAGCGGUACGAUUGCGGUACGAUGGAAUCUCGCUGUAUGGCUCUAGGCCAGACGUAAGAGAAAUUUAGAAGUUCCUAUGUUACUAAAUUUCUUCGUCGGGCAUGAAAUCGGGCAUCGAUCUUUAAAGUCGCAGGGAUAUUCGUAAAUUUCCUCAAACACCACCCCCAUCCUCCUCUGUUUUCUACGACUUCUACGAUGACACGAUGAAGAAACAUUGUCGGUGCGUAUAAAAAUUUACACCUAAUAAAGGAAUGCCACGUAGCGAGAUCUUCCUGUGAAUUAAGAACAGUUCACGUUGUAAUCUUUCCCUGGGGGUUUAACCUGCCGCGUUAGUUCGAAAAUGUUCAACAACCGCAUAUCUAGACUACAACGUAUGAGAAACUGGCUCAAUGCCCGACACAUGUUGCUUGUCAGCUCAAUGCUAAAAUGUCGACGAUAAACACCUGUUUUAUAAGAAACCGAUACCGUUAUGAGACAAAGGAUCGAUUAGGCAAGAAUUUUAUCGAGAUGUUGAGUUAAAUUAUAGAAAUAUAAGUCUGAUUCUUUUAAAGGCCAUCAAAAACGACAGCGAUUCGUAAACUAGUCAUUAUUCGAUACUUUAUCUGUUAAUCACUCUUAACUUAUUAAUUUAUUAUGUUCUGGUAUAAUUAAAGGUAAAUACGAUCAACUAUUUACUUGCUACUAGGAUACUCGCUCAGAGAAGAAAGAUCGAACUUUGGAUAUUAAUAGGUUUAUGAAAGGGACCAAUAUGUAUUACUAUUUAAGAAACUAAUAUGCAACUGUUUUAGCAAGUUUAAUGUUCACCGUUGUGAUACCGUUCUAUCUUAUAUGUAUACUAACAAGAUCAAAAUUAUGUUACAAAAUUACGUUUUGAUACUAUCGAACGCGUGUAAACUAGACAUUUAUCAGUUAAUUGUAAUAAAAUCAGUAUUUAUACGCGUUUAUUAAUAUUUAACAUUUAUUCUUGGUAAGAUUAUAGUAUAAACGUUUAAAAAAUUUUUCUUCGGAUAUUCAAGUAUUGAACAAGUAUUAAUCAAGGUAAUGCUACAUUAAAAUAUUAGUAUAUCGGAUAAGAGACUGAUACACGUAUAAAAUAUAUUAUAUACAAAGUGUCGAGAAAAUAGGUGAUCAAACAUUAUAAUCGUAUUCUUCUGUUACCAAGCAUGAAAAAGUGUCGUAUGUAGAAAUGUGCAUAUAUUAAAAACGAGUAAUAUUGAAAAGCGAUGAGAGCAUGGCUCAUAAUAGAUCGAUACGUAUUUAAACGAUUUAUAAAACAAUUGCAGUCAGAGUGGUUUAUUGUAAUAACGAACCAACUAAUUAACGAAACAGCGAAGAAACUUGCUGAGACGACAGAUUUUUCCUCGGAGACGAUGUCUUACUACUAAAAGUGAGUACUUUUGCUUCGAUGCCUUGUAGACCUCGGGAAAUUCCUACUCUUGUCAUAUUUUACAACUAUCGAUUGCCACACUGAACCGAUUAAAAAUUGCGUUUAUGUUUCUAUAUUUAUUCAUUAUGUCUCUAUGUGUUUACGACACCUUCGGAAACAGUGAAUUAUACUGGAUUAUAAUGACAAUUUGGCUGCCUAUUUACUUGACACCUCCAUAUUUUAGCGAACCUUCUGUGUUACGUGUAUAAAUACCUACUAUUUUGUUUUAAUAUUAGAUUUUAAGAUAGACAUUAAAUUACGUACUUUAAUAGCGGUUAGUAGAAUUUUAGUAUUUAUUUUAUACUAUUUAUUAAUAGUUCAGAGUUAAUGCAUUCGGUCUGAAGUUUAUGCGACUGACGAGAACUAUAAAACAAUUUAUCGUAUUUAUUUAAUUUUGUACGAUAUAAAAAAUGCGAUGCAUCUUUAGUAAAUAACAUAAUUCUUGUACAUUAUGACAAAUACUUCGAAUAAAACUUUCAUGGUGUGCACUGCGUAAAAUAUGAAAUCUGACUACGAUAUAUGUAUAUACCGAUCUUGUGUAAACGUUUUACAUAAAAAAAAAAAAAA